AUGACUUCGACAGCGGCUGCUUCAGUUUCGACUCCUCCAAGCUCCGAUCUCCUAAGCAUCUUACCUCAAUUCCUCACCACCCUCCAAUCCCCAACCUCAAUCAGCAUACCACCAGCUACCCUCCUAGGCGCCAUCACCCAUUUCCUAUCUCAGCUAGAUUCACCUCACCUUCAAGAUUUCAUCUCAGCUAUCACUUCAUCCCCUACAUUGUGGUUGCACAACGGUAUCUCAGCAGAAGAUAUUAGGAAUGCCAUCAGACUUUCUAUACCUGCUAGACUAUCCAAGAUACAUCAGGAAACAGCUGAUGUGUACUUCAAAGAGACGAGAAGGAGAAGAAAAGCUAGGGAGUGGCUGGGUGUUUGGCUUGACUCGCUUUCGGAUGAUCAAGAUGGUACAGGCGCAAUACAGAUGCGAAUAGGAUUGUUGCAGGGAAUAGAUGACAUGCCAGAGAUAGAUUGGGGUGAUGGUCGGACAAAGCUUGAGGAGAUGAUGGUUCUAUCACUGGCUGGGAAGCUUGAAAGCUCCUCUGAUCCAGACACCAGUGAUUUGAUUGCUGUUAUACCUCAUAUAGCUUUGGAGAGGCUACAGGCGCUCGAUAUCAAAAUCGAAUCCAAUCUGUAUCAAGAGCUCGGCCAUUUUUCUCUAUCUUCAGAGACAAUUGUACCCAAUCUCUCAAGGGCAUUGGCAAGAUCUUUUGAGGUGUUACAUUCAGGUGGACCAUCAAGUCAGAGGCACGCUAAAGAGAGGAUGAUCAGUUUUUGCGAACAGAUGCAGAAUAUGGCUCAAAGCUUAGGAUCGGGUUGGGAAGGGGUAGCUGGAAUGAAAAAGGAGGAUGAUAAGAAUCCAAUAUGGCUCCAAAACAAAACCACAUUUUUCUCUUUCCUCGCAGUCGCCUCUACGAUUGUUGAGAUUCUCCUUUCUCAACCCGACAACUCGAAUGCAAUCGAACGCAAUGUUCUCGAACCCCUCUCUUCUGCAGAAAUCGCAAUUCAUCUAUUGACAACGCUUGGAUCUUUCGCAUAUCUCACGGACGCAAGUCAAGGUGGAUUCGAUGAUUACCAUAAGAUUUUAUAUGCUUCUUUGGACAUAAUAUCGAGCCAUGGUGGUAAUGAAGGUGUCAGCGCACUGUUCGGAAGGCUAAUUCAAGAAGGAAAGUCAAGUGAUGCUAAAGUAGGGUAUGAAUUGGCUCUUGGGGAAGAGUUGAUACAUCACCUCGGGAAGAAGGAAAUAGACGUGUUAUUACCACUUGCAGAAAGACAUGUACAUAAACCAGAUCACAAAUCAAGUUUUGAAGCUUCUCAUGCGUUCUUACUUGCCUUACUGAGGACUUCAUCAGAAAGUUUAGCUGGUAAUGAUGCUCAAACGGCAUUCUUCGAUGCGCUAUUACCUAAUCACACCAAUAUCCUCAUAAAGCAAUAUUCCCAGAAACACAUCUCGUCGGAACAAUUUCGCCAAGCCUUCCCUCUGAUUGUCGAAUCAGCUUCAAAGCGUUCUCCCACUUCCACCGCCCUCUGCUUGUCCUACCUAUCAGCCCUUACGCCAAAUCCCGACAUCAGACACAUUCGGGUGGCAAUCACCCCUUUCAUCGACUCCGCCCGCUUACCAAGACAUCUAAAAGAUCUAGCUCAAAUGAUAUUGACCACAGAGAAGAACUCGGAAGAAAGGAUGGAUCUGACUAGGAACGCAUUCGAGAUAGUAGUGAGAGAUUUAAGCGAUGAGAAUAAACAUGUUGGAAUCGAAUGGUGGAUCAAGUGGAGGGAUGAAUUUGGUGGACGGAGGAAGGAAAUGGGUUUUGUGCGAAGUAGACUAUAG